GACAAAAUGCUUGAUGGAUACCAUAAAAAGAAAUACGUCUGCAAACUCCUUUUCAUUUUUCUUUUGGGUCAUGAUAUUGAUUUUGGCUAUACUGAAGCCGUUAAUCUACUUUGUUCCAAUCGUUAUACGGAGAAACAGAUAGGGUAUUUAUUUAUAUCAGUUCUUUUGAACGACAACCACCCGUUGAUGAAUCUGGUGAUCAGUCGCAUUCGUGAUGACAUGUCCAGCCGCAGCGCGGCUUUUGUCAAUCUUGCACUUCAAUGUGUGGCUAAUAUUGGGAAUCGCGAGAUGGCCGAACAAUUCGGCUCGGAGAUUCCCAAGCUCCUCGUUUCUGGAGAAACAUCUGAUUCCAUUAAGCAGAAUGCUGCUUUGUGUCUUCUGCGCCUUUUACGUGUUGCUCCCGAUCAAAUGGUAGACUUGGAUUGGACACCUCGGGCAAUCCACUUACUGAAUGACCCACACCUUGGCGUUGUGACAUCAGCAGUCAGUCUCAUUGAGGAACUUAUCAAGAGGAACCCAGAGGAAUGCAAAAGCUGUGUUCCCCUUGCCGUUGCUCGUUUGGGAAGAUUGAUCACAUCCUCGUAUACAGACCUCCAAGACUACACUUAUUACUUUGUCACCGCACCCUGGCUUUCUGUGAAGCUUCUAAGACUUUUGCAAAACUACCCUCCACCUGAGGAUACGACGGUACGCUGUCGGCUGACUGAUUGUUUGGACACUAUUCUAAAGAAGGUACAGGAGCCGCCAAAGUCAAAGAAGGUUCAGCAUCCCAAUGCGAAGAAUGCGGUUCUUUUCGAAGCUAUCAAUCUUAUCAUUCAUAUGGACUGUGAUCGAAAGUUGCUGGUUCGUGCUUGCAACCAACUAGGCCAGUUUCUUCAACACAAGGAGACCAACCUCCGAUACUUAGCUCUUGAGUCACUUUGUCUUCUGGCUACCAGCGAAUUCAGUCAUGAGGCCGUUAAGAAACACCAGGAAACCAUUGUCAGCGCUCUUAAGACGGAGCGGGAUGUGUCAGUGCGGCAGCGUGCAGCUGAUCUCCUUUAUGCGAUGUGUGACCGGUCGAACGCCCAAGCCAUUGUGGGUGAGAUGCUAUCAUACCUAGAAACCGCAGACUACUCCAUUCGUGAGGAGAUGGUCCUAAAAGUAGCCAUAUUGGCGGAAAAGUACGCUAUCGACUACUCGUGGUAUGUGGAUACUAUCCUCAUGCUCAUCCGCGUAGCCGGCGACUACGUUAGUGAUGAGGUCUGGCAUCGCGUCGUUCAGAUUGUGGUCAACCGGGAAGAUGUACAAGCCUAUGCUGCAAAGACUGUUUUUGACGCUCUAACAGCUCCUGCUUGUCAUGAAAAUAUGGUUAAAGUUGGAGGCUACAUUCUUGGCGAAUUUGGGAACUUGAUUGCUGGUGAUGCGCGUUCUUCACCAAAGAUGCAGUUCGAGCUCAUCCAUAGUAAGUAUCAUUUAUGUACACCUACGACACGCCAGCUUCUUCUCUCAACCUACGUGAAGUUCAUAAAUCUCUUCCCUGAACUGAGAGAGACGAUAGUUGAGGUACUUUCGCAGGACAGCAACUAUCGCAGUUCCAAUGUCGAGAUUCAGCAACGAUCUGUUGAGUAUUUGGCUCUCUCAAAGGUUGUAACUGAAGACAUUCUGGCCACGGUAUUAGAGGAGAUGCCUCCAUUCCCCGAGCGAGAAUCGAGUAUUCUGGCCAAGCUAAAGGCCAAGAAGCCGGAAUCCGAUAGCCUCCCCUCGACAGCGAAGACUGGUGAGCGAAAUCAGCAGAAAACCACCUCUGCAAACGAUGCAGAGAAAGCAUCACUGACUCCUGGCACCAACGGCACUGCAGAGGCGGAUUUGUUGGGCCUCGGGCUGACUACCACCGCUCCCCCAACCACAACUGCGGAAACUUCGAAGGCGCCGUCCGCAGGUGCUAAUAAUCAGUUCUUGGCGGAUAUCCUUGGCAACGGUACAACAGAGGCCGGCUCCAACGCCUUGGCCCUCUCUAAGCCUCAGAGUAGCCCAACGACUCUCAUGGACCUUGACUCAGAAUACAUCAGGCUAAUCUAUAGGCCACAGGGUGUGCUGUACGAGGACGCUCUCAUACAGAUUGGCUAUAGAUCCGAAUUCCAGGCCAACUUGGGCAGAGUUCAGCUCUUCUACGGCAACAAGAGUGGGUCUCCAAUCACGUCUUUUUCUUCAAAAUUGGUGUUCUCAGAGAUAUGCCUAACCACAGGCAGAAGUCCUCUCAACCUUGACCUUCGUCCUGCGCCCACUACCAUUGAACCUGAGAAGCAGGUUCCGCAGAUCCUCAACAUCGAGUGUCUCGUCGACUUUGCUGAGAUACCCGUCUUGAACGUCACUUAUUCGAACCACAAUGGUUCAACUCAACUGUCGUUUCCGCUACCAAUUUUCCUCAAUAAGUUUACUCAGUCGGCACCAAUGGAUCAGCCGACGUUUUUUGCCCGAUGGAAGCUUCUUUGCCAGCCCGGUCAGGAGUGUCAAAGGGUUGCAGGAGCUAAGCUAUCCUUCAACUUGGAGGACAUCAAGCAACGAAUUUCGGGGUCAGGUCUGAACAUUCUACCAGACAUAGAUCCCUGUCCAACCAACAUUGUGUGCGCAGGGAUCGUUCACACAGCCAGCCAGCAGGUCGGCGUUCUCGCUCGGAUAGAAUCCAACAACUUCCGGGUAACCGUCAGAAGCACAAAGGCAUCGGUCUCCGAGUGUAUCUGUUCUAUUCUACUCACAGAGUUGAGAUAA